ACCCUGUCAAAACUCCCGACUAUAAUUCACCCGCACGCGCUCUCUUUCUUUCCUCUGCUUUUUCAUAUGCCAAAAACAGCAAUCCUCCUCUGCUGUUUCUUCUUUGUCUUCUCUUUUUCCUUUGUUUAUUCAAAUCUCAGUCGCCCUCCAACAUCUUCCCCUGCUUCCAUAACCCAAUAAGGAAAAAAAUUUCCCUUUCUGUACUCUCUCUUUCACAUGACCUACUCCAUUGAUGUCUCUUGCAGCUUUUGACACUCUCUUGGCGGACACUGUAACCCUUUUCAUCUUCUUUCUUCUUCUUCACCCUUCUCUCUUUAUAAGCCUCUGUUAGUUUCUUCUCUGUAUAUAUAUGUUAUCAACAUUUAAUGUCUUUAAGGGAAAUGGAGAAUACAUUUUCUCAAAGGAGAAGAACCCCAUCUUUCUCUUCUUCCCUUCUUGAUGCAAUUUGCCGUUCUUUUGAUGAACCCAAUUGCCGUGAAGAGGAAAUUUUCAGUCAAUGUAGAAAAACUACAGUGAUCAAGAAACAAAGCAUUGUUAACUCUGUUUCUACCACCCGGCGUGAUGGGUUUGUUGAAGAAGAUAAAGAGAUUUUUGAUCUUCGACGAGCUAUUAUGAUUGAAAGCUGGAUGGAGAAACAAAGUACUCGUGGUUCUGUACACUGUAAUUCUACUUCUGCUUCUUCGGAUUCUAGCUCUGCAACAGGAAGAAAUGGUGGAGUUUUCUCUCCCUCUGAAGCUGAGUCUAGUGUCAAGGAUUUAACCCCACAGAGAAACAAGCCAAUUUCAGAAAAACAACAGAAGCCCAAGUGUGAAGGAGGAUUCACUAAGACAAAGCUACAAGCUUUGAGAAUCUAUGGCGAAUUAAAGAAAGUAAAGCAACCAAUUUCACCAGGAGGUCGCAUUGCUAGCUUUCUCAAUUCUAUUUUCCGUUCAGGAACUGCCAAGAAAGCAAAAAUGUGUUCGAUUGGGGACAUGGGUGAUGCGAGUUACCAGCGUAAAUCAAAAUCUGCAUGUUCUUCAGUUACAUCGUUUUCAAAUUCUUGUUUCAACAAAACGCCUCCUUCAAGAGAGAAACAGAGCGAUGGGAAUAAAAGAUCAGUAAGAUUCUAUCCUGUUAGUGUGAUCGUUGAUGAAGAUUCCAAACCUUGUGGCCAUAAAUGUAUCUAUGAAGAUGAUCCUGGGUUGAUGCCAAUGCCUGUGCCUAAAAUUUCAAGGGGUUCUUCUGUAAAGCAAGAUGCUGCUAAAGGAGGAAGUUAUAUCAGGAAUUAUCAGAAGAAGAAUAUCAGUGAAUUUGAUUUCAGGGGAUUUCACAGUUACGUUGAAGACAGCAAUGACGAUGAUAGCAGCUGCUCAAGCUCUGAUCUUUUCGAGCUGGAUCAUCUUAUUGGGAUUGGAAGGUACAUAGAGGAGCUGCCAGUUUAUGAAACUACAAGUUUGAAAACGAAUCAGGCCAUUGCUAAUGGCUUCAGCCUGUAGUUGAUGCUGUAAUCUGCCAAAUGUAAUUAUUUUGGAUAAGGAAUCAAAUUCGUUAAUAACUUGAAGUCUCUCCGUUAUUUAGUUAAAAUCCUACCAUCCUAACUAACUUUUAAUUAAAGGAUACAAAUAAAAAGCUUGCCUUUGCCAUCUACCAUGGAUGGAUUAUAUGGGCCAACUAGUGACCCCCGGCAGCCACCAUCUUUAUUUUACGAUCUAUAGGUUGAGACCGGAGCGGACCGAAGGCGACAAUUCACUUCCA